UGUAUCAACGUUCCAACAAACGUAUUUCUGUUUCUGACUCUAUUCUGUAAGCUUGUUUUCGCUGGCUCAGCUCAACGAUCGAUUAAAUUCCGUUGUUUGUCCUAAAGUAAAUUUUCAACAAACUGAAAAUAAAUUUAUAUUGUUUUGCAUGGUUUAUUUGUGACAAGACUUCGGAAUGACUGACGAAUUCCACUGCUUCCCUGCCGCUGAAUCACCAAAUAGAUCGUCGAAGAACGAGAAUGUGAAGCUGGUUCUGAAGAACAUAGCCGGCGAGAUGGUGACGAUGGUCAUCCAAAACGACGAAACAUUCAAAGAGCUCAAGGAACGAGUCAUGCUUGAAACUGGAAUCACACUGGAUAUAAAUGAUUUCAGAAUCCAAGGAAAAACUAUCACCAACGAUUCAAAAGUUUCUGAUUAUUUUGCAGAUGCUCAAGGUGAAUCAAUCGAAGAGAAACCUGUUAUUACAGAAGAUACAAAAUGUGCCGUACCUGGGUGUGGAAAUACAAAGAUUAAUUGUCCCGAUAAAGCGUUUUUCCAAUUUCCUUUGGAGGAACUUAGGUGUCAGCAAUGGGCGUUGUACUGUCAGAAGCUGAGCGAGCAGUCAGGAAAGCACCGAAUCCAGUUGAACAUGAGCUCGGCGAUCUGCGCCGAUCAUUUCAGGAGAGAUCAGUUCGUGAAGAACACGACCACCCUGCUGAAGCGAACCGCCGUUCCUUGCAUUCGGCCCGAACUGCCUACCGGCUGCGACGCCAACACCCCGAGGAGGAAAAUGCCUCCAAUGUCGCUGUCUCCCAGUAUGUCUCUCAAAAGUGACAAGAUUUUCGAGGAUUUCUUCUCCAACAACCUAUCAACUCUUCCUCCUGGAUCCAUCAUUCUUUGUCGUCUAUGUGCCAACCCUUCUCCAGAUAUGCUAUUCAUUUUUGAUGACAUUGGUUACAAGCUGAAUAUUUUGGAGAAAAUUAACAACUGUCUUUCUGUUGUGGUUCGUAACACAGACCCUUUGCCAAAGCAGAUUUGUCGUCUUUGUUAUGAAAAAUUGACAAGCUUCAAUGAUAUGGUUGAGUCAUCUCUAAAAGCUGAAUCAAAGUUGAAAAGCCUAGUGAAGGAAAAGCAAUUUAGGUUGGAUUUACCACCAGACAAUGAAGCAGAAAAGUCUGGAGGAGGUGGAGCAGAAGGAGAAGAAGCAGCCGGAAAUAAUACGGAAGAAAACAACGAAGAAGAUGAGAAUCCGGACAAAAGUGAGAAAAACAAACACUACUGUUGUCCUCUUUGCAGUUGCGGCAAAAUGAUGCUGAAGAGUGGCAUUUACCGAGCGCGCACUCCACCCGGCCUGAAGCAGGAAGCCCCUGAGGAGGGCGAAGAAGGGGAACCUCGCUCCGAACCAGAAGACAACGGCGAUGCCGCCAGCUGCGAACAGAAGCCAUUCUGGAACGGCCACGGCCAGGGCCAGGGUCUGCCCGAACUAGAAAUGGAGAAUCUCUAUCCGGACUGUAUUGUCGGAAUGGAUUUGGACGCCAUACCUGAAGAGUCGUGGGAAAGUGAAUCAUCCGUCAAACAAGAACAGAUCGUGUCCACUGUUAAAAACGAAAUCUACUGUCGCAUAUGCAGAGUGGAGUUUACCAACAUCGAAGCUGUCUUGGAGCAUUCACACUCGCAUGCUGAAGACGAUUCUUUUCCAUGUGGUUUCUGUGACAGCUAUUUUCCCACUAGAAAUGAACUGGAACAUCACUUUCAAGAGCACAGGAUCAUGAAGAAGAAAAUUGUUUCAAGUGAAGUCUACGACCGAGGCCAGUUGUUCGCUUGUGAUGAGUGUGGAGUGUCUUUCAAGACGGAGUCAAAGUAUCGCGCGCACUACUGCCAAUCAGCUGUUCUCAACUCCAACAAUCGCUGCCUGCAAUGCAACAAAUCGUUUCGCUCUGCCGAUCGGUUGAAGUUCCACCAGCGCUUUCACGAAGGUGCCGUGCCCGGAUACUGCGAGAUCUGUCAGAAAACAUUUCCCGACGAGGUAAAACUGUACAAGCACACCAUGUAUUUGCACUCGCAAAACAAGGGACAUUGCUGUGAAGAGUGCGGAAAAGUGUUCCGGUCAGUGAGCUCACUGAGAUACCAUCAGCGGUCACAUCAGGGAGAGACCGUCAUGAAACCGUUCACUUGCGAACAGUGUGGAAAGUGUUUCAUUCGAAAAAGUAUGUUGCGCAACCAUAUGCUCGCAACGCACAAAAACUUGAGCCAAGAGGGCACCUGCUUCACUUGUAAACUCUGCUUUGAAGCUUUCCCAUCGACCGACCAUGCAGUAGCACACAUGGACAUACACCACACAGUUGAAUGUCACGGUGAAAGUACCUACAGUUUUGAAAUGCACACAGUGUCACGGCUGUAUAUUUGCGAGUAUUGUGAACGCUGUUUCACGAAUUCGGCCACACUGAACGCACACAGGGAGGGGCACCCGACCGACACGCCCUAUCAGUGCAAGAUGUGCGACAUGUCGUUUGCUGCGCACGACAAUCUAAUCGAGCACAAGCCGAUGCACUUUGAUUACAUCGACAAGGCGGCCCAAGAUUAUAGUCAGGAUUUCAACAUACCCACUGUGUACAUGUGCGAGUUUUGUGAGAGAUGCUUUUUGAAUUUCACCAAAUUGUCGGAACAUUUAACGGUGCACUGGGGGGACCAUCCGCACCACUGCAGGAUCUGCAAUGCCAAGUUCAAGACAGCUGAGGAAGCUGGCGAGCACAGGAGGGGCCACGACCAGUCGGCGGCUCCUGUCGACGACUUUGACUACUACAGGCCGUACGAGUGCCACUACUGCAGGAAGUCGUUUGCCAUCGAGGACGCACUCAUCAAGCACAUUCGCAUGCACACCGGCGAGAAGCCGUUCAUCUGUGACGUGUGCGGCAAGGGCUUCUCGCAGAGCUCGGGCCUCUACACGCACCAGAAGGUGCACUCGGACGAGCGGCCCUACAGCUGCGCGCACUGCCCGCGCACCUUCAAGAUCAAGGGUGACCGUGACGUGCACGUGCGCAAGCACUCGGGCGACCGGCCCUACUCGUGCGAGUUCUGCGGCAAGGCGUUCAUGACGCAGCAUGUCUACAGCCAGCACCGCAAGAUACACACGGGCGAGCGACCCUACCGCUGCGACGUCUGCGGCAUCACCUUCCGGCGCUCGCACGUGCUCACUGUGCACAAGCGCAUCCACACCGGAGAGAAGCCGAACGUCUGCGACGUGUGCGGCAAGCGUUACCGCCAGAAGGGCGACAUGCUCAAGCACCGGCGCGUCCAACACGGCAUUGCCAACGUCAAGCUUCAACACCCCUCUAUAUGAUUCCAAUUUAUUUAUUCAUUUAUUUAUUGGUAUUGGUAGAAUUGUUAUGUGUUGUACAAUAAUUAUUGGGAUAUAUUUUGUAGUUUUGUUUGAUGAUUAGAUAUUAUGAGAAUUGUUUGACUAGUCUCUCAGUCAACAUAACGUUCUGAUAACGUUACCUUAAGCUAGUUAACUAAGCCAGUUGGACGUUCGAUUUCUUGACGUACUUAUGAAUUCACCAGAUUAGACGGAACUUGACAAACAGCAUCUGUUUAAUCUAGUAGAAUUCAUAAGGACGGCAAAACAUCGUACAUUCAAAAAUGAU